AUGGAAAAUUCACAACUUCUCGUUUUCUUCCUCAGUUCAAUCGGCAAGAUUCUCAUCAUCGUACAUCUCCUGCUUAUUGGUGUGAUGGCAAUGAUUUGGGCGGAACGUCGGGUGAGCGGAUGGAUGCAGGAUCGAUUGGGACCGAAUCGCGUCGGUUUCCAAGGGAUUCUACAACCAAUUGCUGACGGGUUAAAGUUCCUCUUUAAAGAAGAUCUUAUUCCGGAUCACGUGGAUAAGCCGCUCUAUGUGCUUGCUCCCGCGAUGCUCUUGGUGCCUGCGAUGGUUACGAUUGCAGUCGUGCCAUUUGGGAGUUCUAUCACGAUAUUGGGAAACGAAAUACCGCUCCAGAUUGCGGAUAUCAACAUCGGUAUUCUGUAUGUUUUGGCGGUAACCUCCCUCGGUGUCUACGGGGUCGUGCUUGGGGCAUGGGCAUCUAAUAACAAGUAUUCGCUCUUGGGCGGUUUACGUUCAUCUGCGCAGAUGAUUAGUUACGAGCUAACGCUCGGAUUAGCAAUCAUCGGCGUACUGAUGCUAACGAGUUCUCUCAGCCUUCGUGAGAUUGCAAUGGCACAAGGUUCAUAUCCGUGGCAUUGGAAUUUUCUGAUUCACUUCCCCGCAUUCCUGGCAUUUACAACGGCAAUGUUUGCGGAAACAAAUCGAUUGCCUUUUGACCUUGCCGAAGCGGAACAGGAACUCGUCGCAGGGUAUCACACCGAAUACAGUAGCAUGAAAUUCGCUAUGUUUUUCAUGGCGGAAUACAUGAACAUGAUUGUUGGAUCCACUGUAGUGGUGACACUCUUCUUAGGUGGAUGGCACUUCUUCGGAUUGGAGAAUAUCGGUGGCCCCGUCUGGAGUGGACUCAUCUCGUUUGGUAUUUUCUUCGUCAAAACGGCGAUAUUCCUAUUCGUGUUUAUUUGGGUUCGCUGGACACUUCCUCGGUUCCGCUAUGACCAACUUAUGAACCUCGGUUGGAAAUUUCUAUUACCUGUCGCUUUGACUUCAAUCGUCGUAACCGGCACUUUAUGGAUAAUGACCAACUCUCGUCUGAUCGUGGGGAUCGGCAAUGUGGUUUCCGCGUUUAUUGUUGUAUCUAUUGUCGCAGGACUGCUUGUGAUGAAGACCCCUAAGCCUGCAAUCCAGGAUAGCGACGAGAACUCACAUCAACCGCUCUCGACGCAAUAG